CAGCCGCGAUGCACGCAGUUCCAUUCUGGAUGUCUGAUACAUGAAACUCUAUUCCAGGGCUUAGCUCGUAUUCUAGUCCACAACUCACAAGCGUGCCAGAAUAAUCUUGCAUUCGCUAGCUACAAGACGUCAAGAGUUGUUGAUCAAGUAGAAGUAGAACCAUGUAGUGGGGAUUUUGCAGCCAUUGCUGGUAUGAUAUUAUCCCGAUGCUCGUCCUCUUGGAUCGAAGGUUCCCCCGUAUGCACCUCCACAGAUAGCUAGCAACCCACCGUCCCAAAGGCGCACCCGCACAUGAGCGCAGCCACACACCAAAUGCAAACGACCCGCACUCCUCACCACCACCACUAGUACGAUUAGAAGCAGUCCGAAGGGAAGAAAGGCAAGGGCGCGGACACAUAACGCCCCAAGGCCCGUGUUGUGCACACAACAUCCACCCAAUCGCACUGAUCACCCUGUUGCUAUGAACAGCAGUGGCGUCCAUCAACAGCCAGUUGCUCAGAUGCCUAUACAGCAACCUGCUAUUCAAGGUCACUACAUUCACAAUCAAGAGCCGCCAGCAGGUCAGUACCCCAGCACAUAUGGAUAUCACAUGCAGCCGCAGACAUUAGGUCAGCCCUACAGCCUACCCAACAGCAACGGCAAGAAGAAGCAACGGCGCUACCGAACGACGUUCACGCCGCAGCAGCUGCAACAAUUGGAGGAGGCGUUUAAGCAUACCCAGUACCCAGACGUGUUCAUGCGUGAAGACAUUGCCGAGCGCAUAAAGCUGAACGAGGCUAGAAUACAGGUAUGGUUCCAGAAUCGCCGAGCGAAGCACCGCAAGGAGAUGCGCAAGCAGAAUAAGAAUCCUGGCUCUCGCAAGUCCGGCGGCCAGGUGGAAAAGCAGGAGGACGAUGAGGCCGAUAGCCCUGAGAUGGCAGGCGAGGAAUUGGAACGUGCCAACGCAGGCUCCUCGCCAUCCGUUGCCAGUCUCCAGUGCCAGGCAUUGCCCUCAAACGAACAGUCGCCCGAGCAAGGUGUUCUGCCGACGCCCACGCAACAGCACCAGCAGCAGCAGCCGUCCAUGCUUGAACUUAGUCACUAUCAGUACGUUGCUCCCGGCAACCAGUUCUUCCAUCGGGGUGCACUGACGUCGCCGAUGACUCAUCAUCAAGUGCCAUCCUUACCCCAGAGUGAAGCAGUAGCGCACCAUCAAGUACAGGCAGCAGGGGCACACGUCACCGAGGUGCACGCCAUCACUAGCCCGGUGGCGUCGGCACCCUCACCCACGCACUACGCCAUGUCGGCGUUGCCGGGGGCGACGGGAUGGACGGCGAUGACAUCACCAAUGCAGCAGCACCCGCACACGCACCCGCACGCGCAUCGGCAGGCGGAACCGACGGCAACCGACGUGGCUUACCUGCAGCGGCACGCCAGCACGCCGUCAAUCGUGGCCUCUGACGGCUCCCUGGCGCGCUGUCCGUCCAUGCCCAUAUUGCAGCACACGCCGAGCAGCCCCUUUGCGCCAACGGUCAGCCGACAAGCAGGACAAGCACCGUACGCGGCGCUCUAUCACUCUACACCCACCACACCCAUGGAUCCCGGAGUGCAGACGCAGAUGCGCUACUACCCGGAAGUGCAACACCAGAGGCAGCCAGGACAGUAUCCAUGAUCACGCUGUGCCCGGUCGUGUAAUUUUCUUGUCAAAUCUAGGAUGACGGGCAGGCUGACUAUCCGGCUAUGUUCGUCAUCGUGCUAGUCAGUAGGUACCCACUGCAAACAAUGCUUGUGCUGGCCCUGGUUCUUUCCUAACGCUCCGCCCCCACCCCUGCAAGAAAGUGUGCAACUCCUCCCGCACACCCUGCUGCCCCCAAAAAGUUGCAUGAUACGAAUGACUCAGAUGGUGAGCCCAAGGAAAAAUUUGUAACAUGGGAAAUUGUGGGCACAAGUCAUGCGAUCGAGUCCAUACAAAUGACAUCAACUUUAAAACUAUCCGCCGUCGACCCUGCUGCUUGAACGACCCAACGGCCACCGGCAUGUAACAUCUGCCAACAUGAUGAACUAACGACAGAGGCCCGAUAAUAAGGUCUGGAAAUGCCUGGUUACCCUGUCGUUUCACAGUUCCCAUGAGAACACGCUGGGAUUGCUUCUGCUGAAUGACUUCCCCUUACCCCGGUUUCCACAGGAAACCAGUUUAGUGUAGCUCCGAAGUUCACGAGUCCCUGAAUUAGAUUCUUUCCUUCCUCUCUCGGUGUUUCCCUCUGCCUGUCUGUCUCUUUCGGUAGUACCAGGCUGGUCGCAAGUCCAGGUUGUCCUUAGUUACCCGUAUUACUGUAUUGUUAUCAGCUCAAAGAAACUUUCCCUUCAUCCGUGAGGAACGGAGCCCGAACAGAGACAGCACUGUUCUCUAAACAACACACAUGCUGGACAUAGUCUGUGCAUUGUCCUCCACCUAGAUUUAAUUAGCAGUAUCCCCGUUGUUUUAAUUGUAGAAGGCCGGCAGGCAUCACUGCACGCUCACUAGAAAUCAUUAUCAUGUCCUCAGCAGAUCAGGCACGGAAUCGGCGCUACAUCUUUAUUUUUUUAUUUCUUGGAAUCUAUUGCCGCUUGUAUUCUCUCUAUUUAGUAAUAGUCAUUGUCGUCCGGUUGAAGGUCUAUUUUAUACCUGUGAGAUCCUAGGAAACAGUCCCAGGAAGUGAACUGCCAGCGGAAAAGCGAAACAAUCCAACCCUACCAGGACUCUAACCCGGACCUUGCUUGUCAUGAGCAAUGCUCUAACCAUCUGAGCUAUGGGACCAGGCCGAACCUAUAAGGUGCUGACAAGCUUUUUCACACCAAAGGCAGGUCACAGCAUCUGCCACGCAUACCAAUGGCACUUGGGUCUUUUUCUGUACCCCGUUUCAAUAGAUGCUAGGAAGUUUGAUCUUCUCUUUCGUUAUCUAGAGCCACCGAUUUCACUAUUUUCUUUUUCUACCUGUAUAUAUUAUAUCCAAAUAGACCUGAGAUUGUAUGUUUCCAAUUGUUUCAUACAAUAUUUUCAAGGCAAGUCACUGUCAGGCUGCUGUGUGCGGUGCUGUUUCUAUGGUUUCAACUACUAGUACUUGCUGGUACCUCGUGCACACACACAACACACAACACGGACCGCUACUGUGACAUCCAAUCUAGCUGGACCUGUGGUUUUUUUGGGAAGGGAGGCUAAACCAUCCAGACAUAUUUUAUAUCUACUUUGAAGUACUGAAUGUGGUUUUUUAAAAGCGCUUAUUGGAUGAUCCAGUUUGGUUUGAACGAUAUCGUGCAAUUUUGUUUGACAACGUUGGCAACGUUUAGUCUCUCACCAGCUACAUGUAUAUAUUGCCCAGGUUUAUUCAGCAUACGUUUUUCGUCUUUUCUCUUUUUGUUCACCACUCAUCCCCCCUUUUUUUCUAAACAUUUACACUGAUGUAUAUACAUUGUUUAUUUUUUUUAUUUUUUUUUUAUUUUUUGGUCCCAUCAGCCUCUUCAUAUUUGUCCAGCUGCACUGUUGAGCUUCCGAUGUAAAACAAAAUUUAAUAAUAGUAAUAAUAAUAAUAA